CUUUUUCCACUCGCGUCAGUGUCCGAGUGCGAGUUUGUUAGAUACGUACUGUCAUAUUGCGUGCCCAUUUCUUCUCUUGCCAAAAAUCCUGACAUUGCGUGCGAAAAUCGUCCCUGCGAUGUGAAUUAUGUGUGAGCAAUUGAGAUUAAUAUGGAGACUAUAUCCUGAUCAUACGGAUCGCGUGUUGCGCUUUAGCUUCGUCGAUUUUUCAUAUUUGUUAAAGAGUACAUAGCUACGAUCUUAUUUUGAAUUCACGAGCCUCGUGUACAUAUGCAAAUGGAAGAUACGAUGUAACUGUUCCGUGAAGUUGUUACACCGUUACAAUUGUGUCUUGUGCUCGUAUAACGAGCUUUGAAGUCACGCGAGUAUAGAUUUGGUAAUUAAAUUAUUGCAUAAUGUAUUAUGACGCGCAGAAGAAAUGUGUUAUUCCGCUCAAAGGAUCAGAACGGUAAAAGUAAUCAAAUCCGUAUAUCUUUCACGUGACAGACGCAUUGAUCACAGGGAAACGUAACUUCUCGAGGGCUACAAUAUGUUAAGAAAUUGUAGUAAAUUUAAUAAUACAUGGAGAGAAUAUUAUAGUUUUUUUUCAUAUAAACUUUUUUCAAUAUAUUUUAUCAUGUCUUUAGUAGAUUAAGAGUAGAUUAUCAAUAAAGUCUAUUUUGCUAAGGAACAUAGUAAAUGAAACAUAGCAAGUAUUUUAAGGCUUCUGUUCCUUAACUCUUAAUUAAUGACGUCAGAAACGAGAAAACUCAUGUCCAAAAUUUUUAUGAAAUAAAAGAAAAUGCUGAGAUAAAAGAGUAUGCCCAUAUAAAGUGACCUUUGGGACCAAUUGAACAUAUUUUUAAGAUAUUCGUAAACUUUUCUUUUGUUCUAACAAUCAAUAAAUGAUCGUAAAAUUAAUGUGUGUGACAUCUCUUCUUAACCUAUCCGUCCUCAUAAUUUUUUCACGUUAAUUUUAUGGUUAUUCAUUGUUUGCCAAAAUAAAAGUUUCUGAAAUAUUUGAAUAAAUGUGUUCAAUCGAUCACAAGUGUUUUUACUAACAUAACCUUUUAUUUCGACAUGUUCCGCAAGAAUUUUUAACAUAAGUUUUCUCGCUUUUGACAUCGUUAAGAGUAUGUUUUAAUUUCUAAAAUAUAAGUAGCAUAUACGAAAUGAAGAAUAGAGUGAGUUAUUGCAGAUCGUUCGAUACAUGAUUCUUGUGGUGAAAAGCCAUUAUACAUUAUUUUCUAUAACACAGUUUGUUUUCACACAGUCAUGAAAUGUAAAAAUAAAAAAGAAAUAAACUAAUGUACAGAGUCGAUGAGUCGGAAACCGGUAGCUUCGCAACAGUACAGAAAAAACAAAAAAUGCCAGGCACUUUGACGUAUCCCAUCUAUGCUGGCGUAGAUCCACCUCUUCCUAGAAGACGCGCUUACACCUGGAAUACACAGCAUUGCUCCGCCUCACGUGUAGCAGAGGUUAAUGCACAAAUUGGUCGACAGUCCUUGCCGGAGCCUGCGAGAGACGAGGCAACGAGCAAGUUGAGACUGAAAGUCAUCGCUGGGCACCAACUGGCUAAGAAAGAUAUUUUUGGUGCAAGUGAUCCCUAUGUCAGGGUUGACUUGAAUACAAUAAAUGGAGAUCAAACGGUGGAUUCUGCACUUACAAGAACUAAGAAGAAGACAUUAAAUCCAGUCUGGGAGGAAGAAUUUGUAUUUAGGGUGAAACCGGUGGAACAUAAGUUGGUCUUACAAGUAUUUGAUGAAAAUAGAUUGACAAGGGAUGAUUUUCUUGGUAUGGUGGAAUUAACAUUGAUUAAUUUACCAAAAGAACAAGAAGGUCGUGUUAUUCCUGCUAGGUGUUAUGUACUUCGUCCACGUAGUAAUCAUUCCAGUCAGCGGUCGCGAGUUAAGGGAACGUUGGAAGUAUAUCAUGCAUAUAUUUCCGACUCAUCCACUAUUGAAAAUGAAGACAGAGAAUUAGUAUCUGAUUCGGAUGGAUGGGAAUUGGUACAGGCGGCAAAUAACAGUCCGGAGGAGCAAGCUGCAGAUAUUAUGAUGGUCAACGGGCCACUGCCACCAGGAUGGGAAGAAAGGCAAGACGCAAAUGGUCGUACAUAUUAUGUAAAUCAUAUAGCGCGUUUUACACAAUGGGAACGACCAACAGAAGCGGAUGCAACGACACAGGGUGAAAAUGUCGAGCAACGUAAUCUGGAUACCGCAGUCACUGAGUUUCAACGACGUUUCCACAUUAGUGCUGAUGACGAAGGCAGACAUAGAAGUUCAGUGAUAACUCAGGAUGGUGAGGUUCUACGCGAGGACGAUGAAGAUUCGGAAGCAAGAGAUUGUGAGGGUGGGGAUCAUAGGGGAGGGGGUAUUGGGGAUACUUCUUCAGAGUCCGGACGUUCUGUCGAUCAACGUGGCUACCUUAGUGAAUCUGAAGAACAGACUGAUGAUAAUGUUGACAGCCCAGCUGGCUCAAGGCGUUCGUCAGAACAAAUUGAAAGUCCCAAACCUGUUCUGCCUAUAUCUACUGAUGAGGGAUUACCUCCUGGUUGGGGUAUGCAAAUAGCACCUAAUGGCAGAGUAUUUUUUAUCGAUCACAAUGAAAGGGCGACAACCUGGGUAGAUCCUCGAACAGGAAGACCAAGUUCUAUACCUAAUCCUAUUGCAUCGUCAACUAUGUCAAGAAGCGAUUUAGAUCAGUUAGGACCGCUUCCGGAAGGAUGGGAGGAAAGAGUACACACCGACGGACGUAUCUUUUUCAUUGAUCAUAACACAAGAACAACACAAUGGGAAGAUCCGCGUCUGUCUAAUCCUCAAAUUGCCGGCCCGGCUGUACCAUAUUCCAGGGAUUACAAGCGUAAAUAUGAAUACUUGAAGUCACAACUGAGAAAGCCUAAUAACGUUCCUAAUAAAUUCGAAAUUAAAGUCGGACGGAAUAAUAUCUUGGAAGAUUCAUACCGUAUUAUAAGUUCUGUCAACAGAGUUGAAAUUCUAAAGACGAAGCUGUGGGUAGAAUUUGAGGGUGAGGUAGGUUUAGAUUACGGUGGCCUUGCAAGAGAGUGGUUCUUCUUAUUGUCGAAGGAAAUGUUUAAUCCAUAUUAUGGACUUUUUGAGUAUUCUGCAACAGACAAUUAUACUCUACAAAUCAAUCCUUGCUCUGGUGUAUGUAAUGAAGAACAUUUGAACUACUUUAAAUUCAUAGGACGUAUAGCAGGUAUGGCUGUUUACCAUGGAAAGCUUUUAGAUGCUUUCUUUAUCCGACCGUUUUACAAAAUGAUGUUAGGUAAAGCAAUUGAUUUGAAAGACAUGGAGAGCGUUGAUUCUGAAUACUACAACUCUCUUUUAUGGAUUAAAGAGAACGAUCCCAGUGAAUUAGAACUCACUUUUUGUCUUGACGAAGAAAACUUCGGCCACACUUCCCAAAGAGAGUUAAAGCCAGAUGGCGCUAAUAUUCCUUUGACGGAUGAAAAUAAGGACGAAUAUAUAAGUUUAGUUAUACAGUGGCGGUUUGUAUCACGUGUGCAGGAACAAAUGAAUGCCUUUUUGGAAGGAUUCAAUGCUCUUAUACCACCGACAUUGGUGAAAAUAUUUGACGAACACGAGUUGGAGUUGUUAAUGUGUGGUAUACAGCAUAUUGACGUAAAAGACUGGAAGCAAAAUACUUUAUACAAAGGGGACUAUCACGCAAACCAUCUUGUUGUACAAUGGUUCUGGAGAGUUGUCUUGUCAUUUAGUAAUGAAAUGCGUUCUAGAUUAUUGCAGUUUGUGACUGGUACAUCACGUGUUCCAAUGAACGGAUUUAAAGAACUUUAUGGUAGCAAUGGACCACAAUUGUUCACAAUUGAAAAGUGGGGUACACCGGAGAAUUAUCCAAGAGCUCAUACUUGUUUUAAUCGUAUUGACCUUCCUCCAUAUACAAGUUAUCAACAACUCAGGGAUAAGCUAGUUAAAGCAAUUGAAGGUUCUCAAGGUUUCGCUGGAGUCGACUAGCACGAAAUACCUUUAUUCAUGAUGAUAUCUGUAAUAUAAUGUAUAUACUAUAUAUACAUACUUAUAGGUACACACAGAAAAGUACACUGUCUUAAAAUGAUUAUCUAUUUAACAAUUUCCUGCACUUUAAUGAUUUAGUUGUCUCUUAAUUACAAGCAACAACAUUGAGACAAUUUGAGAAAAAGAUAUGUUUAAAAGUUGGUAUUAUUGCUUAGCUUUCUCGAAUAACUAACAAAUCUUUCAGCAUGUUACCGUUUUGGAAAUAUAUAUUGUAUUCAGUGACAAAUAUUUGAAUAAUCUGAAGUAAAAUCUAUAAUCAGAUAUUAACCAAACACUUUUAAAGAUUUGCCAUAUUUUUACAACCACACUUUCGGCUUUUUGGGAGAAGUAAUUUGUCUGGUAUAACAAGGGAAUAAUACUUUAUAAUAUUAAGAUGUAAAUAAUUUGUAUUAUGAUAUUGAUUUAUUAAACAAUUGUUCCCAUUUGUUAAUAUAUAUAUAUAUAAAUAUAUAUAUAUAUAUAUAAAUAUAUAUAUAUAUAUAUAUACACACAUAUAUAUAUAUAUAUAUAUAUAUAUAUAUAUAUAUAUAUAUAUACACAUAUAUAUACAUAUACUAUAGAAUAUAAAAAUAUGAUAUAUAAAUCGUUGAAUUACCUGUGUAUGAUACUAAUGUUUCAAAAUUAUGUAAUCAUAAAAACAAAAAACAAAAAAUUCAGUAUAGCUUUAUCGAACUUACAUAUAUCGAGGAUAUUGUUUACAAUUUAGAAUAUUUUUUACUAUUUCUUUGUGGUAUUCCAAAUUCUCUCUCACUCUACUUCUCUCUAUGUUAGCUUUAACAGCAUAUAAAUUUUUAACCACUCUUUUUCACUGUUUAAUACUUAUGCAAAGUUGUUUAUGCCUUUUGUUAAAGCAAUCUACACACAUAAAGGUAAAACACUUGCCAUAUACAUCUAUUUUACACACAUACUUAUAUAAACCGACUUAUCUUCAUUUAUGUUGUUCCUUUUAUAAUUUUUUUAUGAUUACUGAGUGAUAGAAAAUGACAUCGAAUAGAAAUUGUAUUAUUCGAGAAUGUACAUGCCUAUGAUGUACAGAAGAAUAAAACAAUUGUUUAUUGAUUAUGUUAUUAGAAGAAAAGGCAAGAGAAGAUAGAACCCAAAGUUAGUAAAUCUGUUUUUAUUUUAUAUUAAGCAAUCUAUAUUUCAAUUUUGUGUUAAGUAAUAUAAGUUAGAGAAUAAAUCAUUCUAAAAAAAAUAAAAAAAAAAGAAUUCAUACUUUAUCAUAUUAAUAUAUAAAAUAAACCAGGCAAGAUUUUAAGGACUAGUAAAUUUAUUUGUAGGGAUAAACGAAAUAUUGACCAACUAACAACUCGAAUUAACAGUUACAGCUUAUAUCAUUUGUCAUAUUCUCUCCUUGCUUGUUCUUCUAAUUUAAUAAUAGUUUAAAAAGUCCAAUGAGCUCAGGUAGUCCAUUGUAUACAGUAUAUUAAAUGAAAGAAAAGAUUGAUUAAAAUCAAUUAAAAUUAUUUCCCUGAGAAUAUAAUCUCUUUUGUAUAUUCUGUCGAUACUUUAAUAUAACAUCCAAUAGUCUCGAAAAUAAUACAGAAAAUAACAAGUAAUACAUUGCUCCUUGUUUAUAAUUGAAGAUGACAAAACCGAUGUCAGAUACGAAUGUCUAUCUUAUAUUGUAACAUAUAUUCGCAAAAUUAACAUGCAUUCUAAAUGCAAACGGCGUUGAUAUAACAUUCCAUCCUAUUUGUACAGCUUAUUUUAUUGUAAACAAAUACGUCCCGUUAGAUAAUAAAUAAUAUUGUCAUGGCAGAAA